AUGCUAAACUUUGUGCGUACGGAGAUCCAGAAGCAAGCAGUUGAGCAUGAGACCGCUUUGGAGUCGUUUCCACAUGGUGAGAAGGGCGAGAGUUCAUUUCGAGAAUUUGUGAAGCGCCAGGGCCAGAAGCUACGUCGGUUGUCGAACCUACUUGGUUGCCGUGAUCCUGAGAUUAUGACGCCGUCCCAAUCAAGGUCCGCAUCGCCCUCCGACCAAGAUGAUGCGAACAACUCCAAUUCUACUGCCCGUGACGAGGAGGUUUCCGAUGAGGCCGAAGGUGAACCUGAGGUGGAUGAGGAUGAUGAGGAAGUGCCAUUGGGCAAGAAUGUGAAGAAUAAACGGUCCGCGUACAAGUUGAAGCCUAGAAAGGAACGGCAAGAUAGGUACACACCGGACGCAUACGCCAAGGCUCCGGCCGCAAGGAAGGCCAGGAAGAAAGCCGUCAUCGAGUCUGAUGAAGAAGAGCACAUGGAGCCACGUCAGAAGAUUCCGCCUAGGAGGGGAGGCAAGACCAAGCGUGCAAGAAAUUAG